CAAGAGGCUACCGCUCCGAAACAACUUCAGCAUAUUUAGACGAAGAAAGUAAUCUGAUUAUGGUGGCUGUGUGGCUGGACAAAGUGUGUAUUUGUGUUUGAUGGCGGCAUUGGCUGCUCGGCGGCAGGCGAGCUGUCCGGUGCUACGGGGCUGGGGACCGGCCGUGUGCGUUCUGCUUGGAUCGGUGAUGGUGGUGCUGCUGCCGCUGGUGGGUGUCGAGGAGCCUUGCUGCGCCAUGCUAAAGGGCUUCGCUCUCCUCCGAUGCCAGAUUUGGGGGAUCGCACAGCGGCCCACGGUCCACUCUACCAGCCUGGCCGUCCCGUUCACUGCUCUAGACCUGCUACCGCUCAGGGCCAAGCCGAGUCGAGAGACAGAGCUUGAGGCAAAGGCAGCCCUGCAGCAGGCAUUAGAGAUGAAGAAACAGGGAAAGAGGGAGAAGGCUCAUAAGCUGUUGGUUCACGCGCUCAGUAUGAACCCUGAUUUUGUGGAUGCUCUGACAGAGCUGGGGACCAUUCUGGAGGAGGAGAAAGACGUCGUCCAAGCCGAUCAUCUUUAUACCAAAGCUCUGGCCAUUUCGCCCUGUAACGAGAAGGCCCUGAUCAGCCGUGACCGCACCCUGCCACUGGUGGAGGAAAUCGACCAGAGACAUUUUGGUAUUAUUGAUGGUAAAGUCCGUCGACUCAUGUCUAUUCCCAAGGGAAACUCUGCCCUGCGUCGAGUGAUGGAGGAAACUUAUUAUCACCAUAUCUACCACACUGUUGCCAUCGAGGGAAACACACUCACGCUGUCGGAGAUCCGCCACAUUAUCGAGACGCGCUACGCCGUGCCAGGAAAGAGUCUGCAGGAGCAGAACGAGGCCAUUGGGGUAGAUGUCGCUAUGAAAUACAUCAACACCACUCUUCUGUCCCGCGCCGGACACAUGGCUGUCAGUGACAUCCUGGAGAUCCACCGGCGUGUGCUGGGAUACGCCGACCCCGUGGAGGCCGGGCGCCUCCGAACCCAUCAGGUGUUUGUGGGUCAUCAUAUUCCUCCCCACCCACAGGACGUGGAGAGGCUGAUGGAGGAGCUGGUGCAGUGGCUGAACUCGGAGGAGGCUCUGCAGCUGCACCCAGUGGAGUUUGCCGCGCUGGCGCAUUAUAAGCUGGUAUAUUUGCAUCCUUUUGUGGAUGGAAACGGUCGGACGUCCAGGUUGCUGAUGAACCUGGUGCUGAUGCAGGCCAGCUACCCGCCAAUCACCAUCCGCAAAGAGCAACGCGCCGAAUAUUACGCCACACUCGACACGGCCAACGAGGGCGAUGUCAGACCUUUCAUCCGUUUCAUUGCCAAAUGCACAGAGAUCACCCUAGAUACGCUGCUCAUCGCCACCUCAGAGCACUCCGUGGGCCUGCCAGAGGCCACUCAUCACGCCUGCCCAAACUGUCGACACACCAUCUCCAUUCAGAACUGAAUUUAAAGCAUCUAUUAUCUCAGUUUGCGACUAAACCUUCCCCCCUCUAUGUUCAUGACGUUGGGCUGGGUGGGGCGGGGUAGGGAGGGUGGAGACAGGCAUUAGAACAUUUGGGCAGAAUUUGGCUUCUGUUCCAUCAUCCAGCUUUUCAUUCUGAUGGUGUGAAUGUCACAUAAGGGAUUUUUGUUUUGAAAGUUUAAACUCCAGUGACAUGACAAAGUUCACAUGAAUAUUAAUUUAGGAGCGUACAUGCAUUCAGGGGUUUGUUAGAUUUGUUUGGCCACUGGUGAAAGUCUAUGUUCAGUGUAUCUAUGUAGCAAUAAAUUUCCCCACAUCAUUUCUCACAGAGGUUUGUUAGUGUGUAAGAAUUUAUUUCUGCAUAGAUACAUCAGUGACCAGACCAGAACCACACUCAGACUCCAUCUGUGUGUCAGUCCACUGUAGAGUAGUCACAAUCAAACAGAUUAAUCAUUUUUUAGAUUAAUAAUUUAGAAAAAAAAAAUAAGUCAAGGGCUCUUGGUCUAGACUUGUGUCCCUGUGGUAAUUCGUCAGUGAAACCAAUGGGAGUCAUUUUAAUGAAGCACUUCAGACUUGUUUUAAUGUGACUUUUGCUUUUGUUUAUGUGAGUGUUCCAGCUCUGCAAUGCUGCCAUUCACCUUUGACCUAUUUAAGGACAGAAUAUUUAUUUAAUAUUGGGCUGUUUUACCGCUGAAAGUCCAAAAUGUUCAUCGGAUGCCUAAUUUCUGUUAUUCCAUAAACUGUAUUUUUAACAGUUUGACAUACUAAAGCUGGACUUUCAGGGAAGAGGACUGGGUAAUCAUGGGGACUUACACUUGUGUGUGCUGCUAUAUUUCGCUGAAAGAUUUCUUUCAAAAUAAAGGUCUUAUU